GUCUGGCCGGUACGUACGUGUCCGCCCCGUGGACGAUGAAGACGACGCUUCCGUCUCGUCCCGAUCGUCAGACUCGGAUACUGACGAUUACUUCUCCCAAUUCGAUGAUGACGAGGACUAUCAGGAAACGUCCGAGAGUGACAGAAGUGGGGCCGAAGAGGAGAUCAUUGCGCCACCAGGAGUGGCAAGCGCAAGCGGAAGUGACCAAAACUCGCCCGGGGUCAACUCUGAUGCUAAUGGAGGAGAAACUUUGAAGGCGGUUGGCGACACCGAACAUGACCAAGGCAAUCAUCGCAAUCCACCAACGGACCUGGAGUCCAGGAUCACCCAGAUGGAAAAGACGCUGGCGACCAUCGCAGCCGCGUUAGACAGCCCUCGUCCAACAGAGCAAUGCGUCCUCCCAGGCGCACCACUGCAACCGCCGGCAAGUCCAGUCGUGCCAGCUGACGCAGGCCUUUCGAGGGCCCCGCAGGGAGCGCCUAUCAGUCUGGAACACAUUCCAAAGUUUCCGGACAACGUGCCAGCCAGCAAAAUGUGGGCUGAACUCUUCACAUACCUCGACCAGUUCAACAUGGCGCUGUCGCUGAACAAUGUAGAGGAGCCAAGGAAGAAGACUGAGCUGCUGUACCUGGCGCUGGGAUCACAAACCCAAGAAGUGAUCAGGGCGGCGGGUCUCCGCCCGAGUAAUUAUGAUGAUCCGAAUUGCUACAACACGUUCGUGACUGAAAUCGAGGCUUACUUUAAGUCUAUGACUGACCCUACCGCUGAACUGCUGGAAUUCAGUUCCCUGAAGCAAAGACCAGGCGAGUCUACAAUACAGUUUUUCUCAAGAGUGACGGCUCGUGCCCGGCUUUGUGGUCACUCUGCCGACGAGGAGAAGCGUUACGUUCGAGUGCAGCUGCUUAAAGGAAUGACCAACCAGGAACUCGCUGGUCAAGCCAGGACGCUGGGUUACGCAACAGAGCUUGUACUGCAAGCGGCUACCAGGAGCGAAGCCUUCGCAGCCACGCCGACGGCUGGGCCAUCUAACGCUGUUAUGGAGGUCAAAGGAAGUAAGCGUCCAGGACACCGAAGCUCGGACAGAUCUAGCAGUGGAAAGGGCGAUCGAGGUGGAAAGGGCGAUCGUGGUGGAAAGUACGAACGCGGUGGAGGGAACGAUCGAGGUCGGCCGCCCCCGGCCAAGCGAUAUCGCAACAUGAAGUUCGAAGCAAUUCCGAAGUGCUCCCGGUGCGGCCGUCGUAAUCACAACGGUCUGGGGUGCCCGGCAAUUGGACGCAAGUGCAUCAAAUGUGGACAGCCGGAUCACUUCGCGGUCGUCUGCCGGGAGAAGGAAAUCAGCAACGUCGAUGACGAUGUCGACGCCAACAAAGAACAGAAAGAAGAGGUAUGAAUUCUUAAAAUAUUCAUUCUUAUUCGGUUGAACUGUUAUCAUACUAUUGUUUUGUCUUAAUUUCUAAUAAAAUGGAUAAAGUUAUCCUUUGGU